AUGCCGAACCCUUCUCACCAGGCGCAUAACCCCGAGGUAGUGGAGUUGGAUGCCUCUGCUCCUAUUGAAGAGAUCGUGAAUGUCAUCAAUCGCGAUGGCGGUAUUAUCAUCAAGAACUUCUUGAGCCCUGAAACGAUCGACAAGAUUCAGGAGGAAUCCCAGCCGUACUGGAGUAAACUUGGAACAUAUUGUGGGAAGCUGUUCGAUGCAGCAGACCCUCCACUCAGUGGUUUCGCGGGGAAAUCGCCCACCUUCGCCCACAAGGCGAUCAAUCACCCAACCUAUCGCGAGGUCGCAAAGGCUCUCUUGAAGGAGGAAUCCAACGUGUAUCGCGAUGGGAAGAGAUACAACACCGUCUCCUAUCCAGUGUUGGCCGUGUCCGAGGCAUUCAACCGCGGUUCCCCCUCAACCGCUCAGCAGCUCCACCGCGACGACAUGGCACAACACUUUGAUCAUCUCGAGGGUAGCGGAGAGAGCUCCCUGCUGGGUUUGCUUGUUGCAGGCGUGGACACGAACUUUGAGAAUGGUGCCACACAGGUGAUCGUUGGUUCCCACAAGUGGCCCGAGGCAGCCGUUCGCGGACCGGCCGACCGCUCCCUCUGCUCAACCUGCGAGAUGAAUAAGGGUGACGCGGUCUUCAUCAUCGGCAGCAUCUGGCAUGGCGCCGGUGAGAACAAGACGAACCCACCCGAGCGCCGGAUCAUCUAUUCGUGCCAUAUGACUCGUGGUUCGAUGCGCGCGGAUGAGAACCAAUACCUAGGCAUUGAUCUAGACGUUAUCAAGACUUAUGAACCUGAAGUCCAGGCUCUACUGGGGUACUCAAUCAGCCAGCCGAACUGUGGCCACCUAGAUGGGAAGGAUCCCAUCACCCUCCUGGGCAGCAAGGAGGAUCCGUUCGGAUAUGGAUCAUUGCCGAGCCGGAUUGCUACAUAA